AUGUUCUUUACUUUCUCUCCCUCCCUAUGCAAAGAAUGUCAACCUGCUCCCAACAGCUCUGCAUUGAAAAAGGCAAAGGUUGCCAAUGCAGUGCAAGAAGAUCCUCCCCCAGCACUGGGGAACACAACUGAUGACAACAUCCCUGUCAUUCCCAAAUGUAAAUCCAAGGUGGUGGCCCCACGCAACCCACUUCCAGAUCGGUCAAACUGCGUUGUCAACCCAGGGGCAAUCAACAAACCUCGCCCAAGGCGAACUUCCAGGCAGGUGGUAGACGACAAAACUCGAAAGGAACAAAUGAUGCAGCAUUUAGCAGAGAUUGAACAAGAGAAACUCGAGCUCGCCACUCAGUUGGAACUUGACGAGGAGGAAGAGGCAGCAGAAGAGCGCUGCACCUCAUUUUCUUGCUUGGCUGACCAGUUUGACAAGGACCCUAUCAAUGAAAAUGAGGAGUUCUUCAUGGUAGAUGACUUUGCUGUUGAGGAUGCACCUAUGGAUGUCGAUGAGGAAUUGGUAACAGACGUAGUUGAGCAAGAGGCUGCCAAUUCAUCUGCGAAAGCAACCAAAGUAGCAAAGAAAAAGAAAGAGAAGGGUGAUACGAGAGCAGCAGUGGAUGCGGUAAAGGAGAAGAAGAAGGCUAAUACUGUGAAGAGUAUCAAGGUGAAGAAGGGUCGGCCAGCUACAUAG